CUGGGAGGAUAGACCUCGUAGGAUCCUGCCACCAAGAUAAUCAGAGGGCAGGGUUAAAAUAAGCAUGCCGGCAAGAAAUGCGGUAAGCAAUCCGGUAAUGGACUGGGUGGGGGUAGAGUUGGUGGAAGAUACGGUGUACCUAGUAGUGGAGCUGGAAUGGCGUGCGAGAAGGGAGUUCGGGGGCGUAGACUUGAACCUCCCAGUGCGUGUACAUGCGACGGGAUCCUUACACCUGUCGGAAGAGGGAUGGCGGACCUUUGGGAUUGCUUUGGCUUCCGGGGGUGACCCCGUGCGAAUGUUCGAAGGGGCAUGGCAAAUAACCUGGCGGGAGGGGUUUGAGUUUGCAGAUCUGGAACGAGCUGACGUGACGGCUGAGGUAAAAGUCGCCGCGGCAGGGGUUUUUGAGCUGCCAAAUGAGGUCGUACGGAUGAGUCUACCACCCUUCCUGCUAAGACGAAUGGGAGGCAUAGAACGAGUGGAGCAGGCGGUGACUGCCGUAACUAGGCUAAAUUUUGACGAAGCAUUAAUGUAUCGAGAGUACUAUCGGGCCUUUCUAGAGAUGGGGCCUUUCAGGGACGAACAAGGGCGCGAGGUGCUUUGCGUUCUACGAGUUGCGGUAAAUACUAGGCCAGGAGUCCCACAAAUAAGCGAUGAGACCAUGCGGAGAGUCAUCCGGCGAGAGGUGUGUCGGGGCGAGACCUACAUAGAUGAUCUCUACCGGUUGUACGAACAGCAAGAGGAGGCUACUGCUCCCGAGGAACUAGGCAAAAUGGCAACGGAGGAGGAGACAGAUAACCGUAAGAGUGAAGGAGAACCAGGCUUAGGAGGCAGUGCCGCACAAAGCGAAGGGGGGCAGAAGUACAGAGAAUCGACAAAUCCGGAUGGUACCAAAGGGAACCGGAAGGAAAUCUCCACAGGAGAAAGCUCGGGGAAAGUCGGGGGAAGCAGGCAAGGGACCCAGGGGACCAAGGAAGGCAGAAAUAAGGAUAGGACAAGCCCCCGAAACUCGGAAGGAGCCAUGCCUAAGAAAGUAAGGGUCACGGACACGAGGCGCAAACUAGCCGAGAUAGACAAGAGGACCGCGGAAUACAAGGCAAGAUUGAUUGAGGAAAUGGUGACUGGGAACGAAGAAGGUCCUCUGCAGGAGGAACCCCGGGACGAACGGAAAGCCAGCCAAGGACGGGACAUAAUGGCCAUUGUAGCCGCAAGGCGGUCUUGGAAGGAGACCCGGGAUGUGAUGAUGAGGAAGUACCUAGUGGCAGAGAAAAUGGCAACGGAGGCCGACCUAGUGGCAGUUCAGAGGAAGAACUUCGCAAUGUACAAUGAUUUCAUACGAGAAUUUACUCUAGUAGCACUAAGGAUCCCCGGGGUCACGGACCGGAUAAUGAGCAAAUAUUUCCUCAGGCAGUUUUUCGAGUUCGACAAAGACAAGAUCCUGUCAGCUUACCAACAGACGAGCAAGUUCGUAAACACGCGGGAUGUUGGUUUUAGCACGGUAACGGAUCUGGCUGAGAAAACGGUAGUAACAGAGACGUUGGCCUUGCUCAAGGAAGGAGAGAUCAUAGAUCUGACCGGUAGGACGGGCGACAAGGUAAAGAAGGGGAUUGAAAGUCUACAUGAACGGGUGCACGGGGUCGACAAUAAGAUUGAAAGGAUGGAAGGCGCGCUACUGGUUAUGCAGGCGCAAGUAUCCCGACCUGUCCUCCCUCCCCAGGAAGCUGUGGUUCCGCCAGGUGUAGCAAACGGACAUUAUGUGCGCGCAUGCCCAAAGCUCAACCAUGAUAUUAUGAAAAGAAGGUGUACCAGGUCAUUAAAGGGGGAGAUAUUUGGACCACAAGGGGAACGGGUGAACUGGAACUCGCCAGGAGGGAUGCGGCGAGCCAUUAUCAUGCUCAACAGGUUAGAAAUAACGGUCGUAGAAGCCGAACCGGUGGGCGAGAUCAUCUGGGAUCAACUCCGGGGGCGCGGGCCGCAGGCCAACUUUAUUUUGGAAAGCGACGGACGUGAUAGGGCUAGCCCUAGGUUGCUCAAAGGGCUCAGACAACUGUUGACUCGGAGGCGAGUAGAAAUAGGCGACAACCCCGAAUUACCAGAAGGGGAGAGGGAGGAGGAAGCUUCGCAAGAAGUGGCUAACCUUCAGAGGAGUCACGGGGACUUGAAGGAUAUCGAAAAAGCCUUUGCGGACAUUCGUUUGAGCUUGCCCGACCGGGAGGGUGGCGAAGUCAUGAGAUCACCACCCGGGACAAAGCUUAGCUUUCAUGCACUGCCCGUAGGGAAACUAAAAAUCCAGAUCGGGAGUCAUCAUACCGACGCAUUAAAGAUCACGGGAUGUACGGUAAACAAGGAAGUAACGGGGAGCAUCCGGGGAGCUGGCGGGGAAAUCCCGUUCGCUGUCACGAAGUGUGCUGUGAAGGCAGGGGUCAGGGAAUCGAUCUGGUCGUUUCAGCGAAUGACCGUAAUGGAGGAAAUGGAUCACGACAUAAUCCUCGGGAGACCGUGGUGCGCGAAAGUAGAGAUGAUAGGCAUGCACUUGCACGAUGGCUCGUACAUGGUAGACAAAGAAGACCCUGUGACCGGCCGGGGAGAGCUCCUGCGACUCCUUGGAACGGGAGGAGACCCCGCGAAGGGAAAAUUGGCAACAUGGUCGCCGUCGUUCGAGGAUAGCACGUUAAAAAGGGCUUUCGCACGAAUGGAGGGGUACGACCAGCUUCCGUUGGAUGUCCGGGACAGGCCAUACACCGCUAUGCACACCCCCGUAGGCCAACUACAGAUGCAAGUGACCCCUAUGGGAUUCACAAACGUGGUGGCCGAAGCGCAACGCAGGAUGCUCGCCGUGGCCGGGGACAUGUUCCCAGAAAAAUGUGAGCCUUACAUCGAUGACAAUCCGAUCAAAGGCGCGCAGGAGAAGGACGAGACGGAAAUCCAGCCAGGGAUCCGACGUUUUAUGUGGGACCACCUGCAGGACAUCAAGGACUUACUCCGCCGGUUCCUAGUAUACAACAUUACGGCUAGUGGACCAAAGAGUAUCCUAGCAGUUCCGGAGGUAACUAUAUUAGGAUUUCGUUGUGGUGCUUACGACAGGAAGCCGGAUCCGGCAAAGACCGACAAGAUAUCACAGUGGCCGACACCACUGCGCACGACGACGGAGGCCUACCUAUUUGGGAGGCGGUUCAUCUUAAGGAUCGAUCCGACGAAUGUUGCAGUGGCUCUAAAGAAUUACAGGCCUAUAGAUCCGACGGUAGGGAGAUGGGUAGGAUUCAUCUGGCAGUUCGAUUACAAGAUCGAACGGAUUGCUGGAAUCCGCAACAAGGCAGAUGGGCUGAGUCGGGUUUGCAUCACUCCCGAAGGGAUGGAGGAUGCAGAGCCCAUAGACGCAUUCCUCGAAUACGAAGGAGGGACUCUCGCGGUGGAUAAUGAAGUGAUGAGCGGGGGAUGCACAUCGGGAGAACUAUUGAUCCAGACUUUGGAGAAGGGGGCACCUGCCGUAGUAGCAGAACUUAGAGAAGGACCAGUUACCACUCGAGGACGCAGAGAAGAAAAUGACUCAUGGGGAGCGAUAGUAGGACCGAAAGAGGAACUAAUGGCAAUGGCGGUCGAGGGAGGUCGGGAAGCAGUGAUGAGCUUAGUGGAAUCUUGGGAAAGGAAAGAGUUGCAAUGGGUGGUAAACCAGAUGCAGGAAGGAAAGGAUGGGGGCCAGGAAGGGGAGGAGUUUCUCUAUGUCCAAUCAUACGAAGGGCUCUUUCGGGAGAUCGGGUUGUUGUUGGUAGGAAACAAACAACCUACGGAAGUCAGUAUUAAGGCAAGAGAAGAAGCUGAAAGGACAACAGGAUGUAUCCCGACAGAGCUUUGGUACGGAAGAGAGAUCGACUUUCCUGUGGAAGCCUUGGUACCUACCUGGAAUAGGUUAGAUGAUAAUCCGCAAAUGACCACUGAAGAGUUAAUCGAGGCAAGAUGUCAACAAAUCCUUAAGAAUGAGGAGGUCAUGGAAGACAUCGCCAACCGGGUGCUGGACAACAGAAUGAGGGACAAAGCAAGGUGAAACCGGGUUAAGAAUGCCAGAAAGGAGCCACUUCAGGUGGGGGAGAUGGUAUUGCUAAGGAACUCG